CCAAGUGCUGGGUUGUAGGUGGAAACUCUGAUGUGGCACAAUGCUGUUCUCUUGGACAGUGGGCUUUCUCCUGCUGGCCACAGUCACAGGAAAGGAGAUCUGCUACCAGCCUUUUGGAUGCUUUUCCAAUGAAAAACCAUGGGCAGGAAUCCUUCAGCGACCUUUAAAGAUCUUUCCCUGGGAUCCCAAGGACAUUAACACUCGAUUUCUUCUGUACACAAAUGAGAAUCCAAACAAUUUCCAACUGCUCAGUGUCAUGGACCUAAACACCGUCGAGGCUUCAAACUUCAACCUGGGCCGCAAGACCCGCUUCAUCGUUCACGGCUUCAUAGACAAGGGGGAGGAGAAAUGGCUGUCAGACAUGUGCAAGAACAUGUUUAAAGUGGAGCAGGUGAACUGCAUCUGCGUGGACUGGCGGCGAGGAGCGCUGACUGGGUACACCCAAGCAGUCCAGAACACUCGCGUGGUGGGAGCUGAGCUCGCCUACCUGAUACAAGCCAUGUCGACCGAGCUGGGCUACCGCCUGGAGGACGUGCACAUCAUCGGCCACAGCCUGGGCUCCCACGUGGCGGGCGAGGCGGGCAGGCGGCUGGGAGGAAAAGUGGGCAGGAUCACAGGGCUGGACCCCGCAGAGCCAUGCUUCCAGGGCGCGCCCGAGGAGGUUCGGCUGGAUCCCUCCGAUGCCUUGUUUGUGGAUGUGAUUCACACGGAUUCCUCUCCCAUCAUCCCCAACCUCGGGUUUGGAAUGAGCCAAAAGGUGGGCCACCUGGAUUUCUUUCCAAAUGGAGGAAAGCAAAUGCCUGGAUGUAAGAAAAACGUCCUUUCAUCCAUCAUCGAUAUAAAUGGAAUCUGGGAAGGAACCCGAGAUUUUGUGGCUUGCAAUCACCUGAGAAGCUACAAGUAUUACUCAAGCAGUAUCCUCAACCCCGACGGCUUCCUGGGCUACCCAUGUGCCUCCUACAGUGAGUUUGAGAAGAAUAACUGCUUCCCUUGUCCUGUUGGAGGAUGCCCCAAAAUGGGUCACUUCGCUGACCAAUUUCAGGGGAAAACCAGUGCUGUGGGACAAACCAUUUUCCUGAACACAGGAGAAAGUGGCAAUUUUACUCGUUGGAGAUACAGGGUAUCCGUCACGCUGUCUGGAAAAAAGAAAAUGAGUGGUUACAUCAAGAUUGCUUUAUAUGGGAGCAAUGGAAACUCAAAACAAUAUGAAAUUUUCAAUGGAUCCCUCAAGCCAGAUUCAAGUUAUAUGGAUGACAUUGAUGUGGACCUCAAUGUUGGAAAAAUUGAGAAGGUUAAGUUCCUCUGGAACAGCAAUGGGAUAAAUCUCUUAAAACGCAAAUUGGGGGCUUCUCAAAUCACAGUGCAAACUGGUGAAGAUGGGACUGAGUAUAAAUUUUGUAGCAGUGACACCGUGAAAGAGGACGUCUUGCAGACUCUUUCCCCUUGUUAAAAAUCUGGUGCUGCUCUCGCAUCUCUGUAGUAAUAAAGUUUUAAUACCCUUGGU